GUGAAUGAUUUUAUAUGACUUAUGAUAUACCCAUUUAAUUCAAUAACACUCAUUAGUAUCCAUUGAGGACUGUGCGCAGUAGUAGAAGAUAUAUAUAUAGUCGAGGGUUUUCGAAAGACUGCGAAUAGAAAACUGAUAAGGUAAUGAUGUUGUCCCAUCUGGUAUACAUGUUUGUUAUGUUUGUUGUUUCGAAUUACAUCCAAGCUUAUCAGUUCAACAUAAGUCUCCCGGACAGUGCGCAGUCAGAGAUUGAGAAAUGCAUACAAAGGUCUAGAAAAUCACCAGCAAUACAUUGGCAAGCAGAAAUGGCUUGCGGCCAUGAAUUUUUCACUAAGCUCGGACCAAACAAUCUUACAGAUGAAGAUUGGGCAGUUUUCAAAACAGCGACAGUUGACGGUUUCGGUUACACUCCUCCACUUUUUGGCAUAAGUACAAGGAGGGAAGUUCGAACAUUGUCAGAAGAAGAAUGGACAAAUGUGACUGAUGUUUUCAGAGAAUUAUUCGAAUCAGGAAUCCUUCAAUCAUUUUCACGUUUGCACGGAAAAGCAACAUUGAGAGCUCACAAGGGAGGUGCGUUUUUACCAUGGCAUCGGGUUUUUCUUGCUCACCUUGAACAAGAGAUGAAGAAGAUUAAUCCUAGCGUAUCUUUGCCAUAUUGGGACUAUACAAUUGACUAUGAAAUUCCACAACCUUAUGACACUGUCUUGUGGACUCCAUGCUUCUUUGGAGAGAACAAUGAUACAGUUACAUCAAGUUCUUUCAAAUUUCUGUACGGAGCUCAUGGCGCUGUGAUCGCACGGCAAUUAGCGAAAGAUUUCUAUUCUACAAGACUGAUUAACAAAGCAGACAUAGAAAACUUAAAAGGGUUUUGUCAUUUCAAGGAUAUUACAACGGGUGUUUCCAGAGAGGAUACAGGCCAUAACUUAGAAUCUCUUCAUGAUAGCGUACAUGACUACAUUGGUGGAGAUAUGGGAGUUGUUGAGAACGCAGCAUACGAUCCGAUAUUUUGGUUUCAUCAUGCAUUUAUUGAUUAUAUCUGGGAGACAUUCAGAGAGCAUCAAAUAGAAGAAUGUACCGACAUAGACAUUGAGUCUGACUAUAGGCCAGCAAACGAUAUUGGAUGGGAUGACAUUAUAAAACAAGGUCCGGAAGAUUCACUGUUUGGUUACAGUCACUUGAAGACUUUAGAUGGACUUUGGCGAAAUUGGACAGAGAUGUUCUUUACGUAUGAGCCCCAACCGGCCUGUGGAAGUACAUGCAGUGGCGAGUUCCUUUAUUGUGAUGGCGAAAAGCGAUGUUUAUCUCGGACAAAAGAUGCCUGCAAGAUGCAACUCCCGACACAAAACAAACGUAAACGAGAAGACAGGAAUCCACUUGUACCACAAAUACCCUGUGAAUCGGGAACGAAGAUUAAAGGAAUAAAAGGAGAUGGUAGAACAAUGCAUACGUCAGAGGCUGAAUGUGAAAACAUUUUGAAAGUCGAAAGACAAGGACCUCAGCAACAUAAGAGCGAAGAUAGAACGUCUGAAACUGUUACGUUCGUUGGCAUCGGAAUACUUGUGGGAAUAUUUGUCUCUGUAGUUCCAACGAUAGUGAUCCAAAUUAAGAAAGGAAAGAAACGUCAAAAGUACGAAAAUCUACAAUAAUUAAAAUACAACACAAUGUUGUUUAGCUGUUUUUUAUCAUCAUUAUUAUUUUAUGACACUGAUUCAUGUAUCUAAGCUUCUCUUUUUCUGUGGAAAUGACUAGAGCAUCGUGAGCUGGACUUUUGGGAAUCACAUUUAGCUCCAUUCAGUCGAGCUGUCAAAUAUAGAAACGUGUUAUAGAAGGUUAUUCAUGUAAAAUGCUAUUUUUUCGAAUACGCAAUUAUUCGUUGUUGUACAUGUAUUUACUGUCUUUACUGUAACACUGAUAAAAAUGUUUAUGCAUGCCUUUUGUUUUCAUUUAUAUGUAUGUAUUUCUUUUUCGUUAUUUAUAUCAAUUAAUCAUAUUGUGUGUUUUAAGACAUUUCAA